AUGGCCGGGUCUCAGCCGAACACAUUAUAUCGACCCGAUCAGUUCAUGAAUCCUGGUCCUGCACCACAACCACCCACGAGCAAGCCCAAACUAGGCCUCACGCCUCAGGUCUUCCAGACACCCGGCAACCCGAAUCUUGUGCACCUGCAAAGCGGCGGCUCGAGCUCGCCUUCGUCUACCUCACUUCACCGAGUAGGCACAGACUCGGGUGGUGAGUACACGGUGGUGAAGGAUGGGUGGGCCAAGGUUAAGGAGGAAGGCGGUGGCUUCAUGAAGGCCUUUUGGAGUGAACGUUUCUUGGUCCUGCGAGAACGACAGCUGGAAUUCUUGAAGAGCAACUCGAGCAGCAAGACCUCGAAUGUGAUAGCCCUGAAAGAUGUUACCAACAUCACCCGAUCCGACAAUUACCCGUACAGCUUGGAGCUCACGAAAGAGGGCAACAAGCUAUGGAUCCUAAAGUUCGAGACUGACAAUGAGGUGUAUGGCUGGAUGGACGGGAUUUACGACAGAUGUCCGAGCAUGGGCGGCGUCUCACAUCCUACAGGCUUCUCUCAUCGCGUACAUGUUGGCUUCGAUCCGGUCACUGGAGGCUUUGUGGGUCUGCCCGUAGAAUGGGAGCGCUUGCUCAAGGGUUCUGCCCUUACCAAGGAUGAUAUGGCCAAAAACCCACAAGCCGUCAUGGAAGUUCUGCAGUUCUACACUGAUAAGCUCGCUGUAAGAGCAGACGAUCCAAAGAUGUACACCUCGCUCACACCGACACCUCCAGCCACGGACAGCAACCGCGACAAGCAACUUGGCUAUUCAGGAAGUAGUAUUGCACCUCCUCGUCCUGCCCCGCCUGCGAUACAUCGACUGGACAGCUAUCAGAGCGCUAAAAGUGCCGGCAGUGGUUCGUCCAGUGCUUACCCGCGCGAGCAACCCAGUGAUCGAUUUCCGGCCCCAAAGCGAUCGGAUACUGCACCACUGUCACGGACGACGACUGGCGAGGAUGAACGCAGAGUCAGACAGGAUGAGCAGAGAAGAAGAGAGGAGUCUGAGCGGCGGCGAAACGACGAAGAUCGUGAGCGACGGAAGCGACAAGACCAAGAAGAUCGUGAAUACAACGACUCUCUACCAAAGCAGCGAACAGCUCUUGCGAAACAAGAAGUCGGUGGUCAUAGUGGCGAUCCGAGAGAUGCCAGUCCAAGUGCGUCGAAUGGUAGAUACAACGCACAGCGACCAGCUCCGCCAGCACCAGGUCAGAACAAGGCUGCGCAGCCGAACAGCGCCAUACCCAUACGCAACUUGCAAGCCUCGCGACCAGCACCUUCGCCACCUGUUCAGCAAAAUGGUGCUAAGCCAUUACCACAAAAGCAGUCCAGCACGAACGGCUCAUCCCAUAGUGGUGCCGUCAAGCCACCCGCCGCACCACAACUCAACGGACAAGUACAUCCACAAGAUCGACCACAGCAACCUCUGACACGGAGACCAUCGGGUAGUCAGAACAGCAAAGCACCUCUAGGACAAGUCAAGCCUCUCAAUGUGCAGACCAAGCAGCCGAGUGGCGCGCCUGAGAAGAGUGCAGCCAUCAAGCAGGCUGAAGCAGCGCUGACGAAGAAAGAGCCAAAUGAGAAGCCUGCGAAGGAAGCGCGGAUGUCAAGCAUGACGGAUGCGCAAGUCAUGGACAAGCUGCGAUCUGUCGUGUCCACCAGUAAUCCGCUGGAGUCUUACAAUAAGCAGAAGAAGAUCGGUCAAGGUGCAUCAGGUAGCGUGUACGUGGCUAGGAUCCGUGAGAACGCUCCUUCAGGCACUGCAAGGAACAUUGUGAACCAGUUCGGGCCCAGGGCGCAAGUAGCCAUCAAACAGAUGGAUCUACGUAGUCAGCCAAGGAAGGAGUUGAUCGUGAACGAGAUCAUUGUCAUGAAGGAGUCACGACAUGACAAUAUUGUCAACUUUCUCGACGCAUUUUUGCAAGAAGAGACAUUCGAGCUAUGGGUGGUCAUGGAGUUCAUGGAGGGCGGUGCGUUGACAGAUGUGAUCGACAACAAUCCUUCCAUCGCAGAAGACCAGAUCGCCACCAUUUGCUUCGAGACAUGUAAAGGCCUCAUCCACCUCCACAGCCAGAACAUCAUCCACCGCGAUAUCAAAUCCGACAAUGUCCUCCUCUCCUCUCGUGGCGCCGUCAAAAUCACCGAUUUCGGCUUCUGUGCUAAGCUGACCGAACAGCGCAACAAGCGUGCCACUAUGGUCGGAACACCCUACUGGAUGGCGCCGGAAGUCGUCAAGCAAAAAGAGUAUGGCAGCAAAGUCGACAUCUGGUCCCUAGGUAUCAUGGCUAUCGAGAUGAUCGAGUCCGAGCCACCUUACCUCAACGAGGAACCGCUAAAGGCAUUGUAUCUGAUCGCUACUAAUGGGACGCCGAGACUCAAGAAGCCGGAGAAGUUGAGCAAGGAGCUCAAGGCUUUCUUGAGUGUCUGUCUUUGUGUGGAUGUCAAGAGUCGCGCCACAGCGGAGGAGCUGGGUAGGCAUGAGUUCCUGAGCCAUGGAUGUUCGCUCGCCAGCUUGAGUGAGCUGUUGAGGUUCCGCAAGGGUGGGCAUUGA